UUUGUUUCAGUAAUUUUAAAAGAUAAGAAAUCUAAUUACAACAUUAUGUCAAGUACACGUACAGUGUUUUCUACAUUUAACAUGUUUGGUCAUACAACUGGAUUAGUUCUACAACUAUUACUAUUUGUGGUUGGUUAUUGCCAGUACCCAUUUCCUUCUCCAUUGCCUUGUGACUCUGUUAUACACGCGCCAUGUCAACUGUAUGGGCCUGGUGUAGUGUGUGGCAGUGACGGGACUGAUUACUAUAACAGUUGUCUUCUGGCUCAAGCAGUGUGUGGAAACUCGGUAAUAUAUUUCGUCGCUAAUGGUACCUGCGCUUCAGCCGGUUACACAAGGCCUUUCAUUACAACUCGGCCAACAACAAUGGACGUUAGAAAAACAACUGUCCUGGCAUCAAAAUCUACCAGCAAGGGUCCCCUCACGGUUAUAUGUAGCACUAUAGCCAAUGUCAGAUGUGCCAGUGAUAUUGAACCGGUAUGUGGUUCGGACGACAGGACGUACAUCAACUAUUGUGAGUUUCAUAAAGAAGUCUGCCAGCGACAUGACCUGAAAGUGAAGCAUGUUGGAUUUUGCUGAUUAUAUUUACAAAUAUGAUUCGAUCAGUUAUCAUUAUAUAUGUUGGUUAUAAGAUUGAUUCAGAUUUUGAUGUUUGCGUCGAAUUAAAAUGAAUAUUCUAAAAGCAAAAUAUCCAUUACAGAUCACUUUUAAAAACGUUUUAAAAAUUCGAUUUCGAAAACGAAUUCUAGAUUAUUUGUUUUUGUGUUGU